AUGGCAACGCCGAGGCAAAGACAUGGUGGCGCAGCCGCUCCAAAUCGACCGAGAAUGGUUGGUGUCCAACUAGUUUAUGAAGAUAACCUGUUUCAGAAUGGUUACAAGAUGAUGAUACUUAUAUUUUCACUAUUCAAGUUCCUGGUAAGUUCACUUGUAUCAUUCUUUUCAAGCGAUAUUAUGCCUUCAGUUAAGGUUAAAAUAGCUGGCCAACACCAUAAGAAAAUGCGAAGCUUGACACCAGGGCUAGUGCCAAGCCACGAACAUCUUCCUAGGGUUCGUGGAGAACGCCUGGUUGCUGGCAACAAAUGGAGUCGUUUCCAGGAGGACUUCCAGGUCUCGGAUAACAGUGACCUAACAUCAAUUCGCACCAAGCACGGAGGAGGAACUCUAAUUGUUACUGUCCCAAGAAAGAAUAUUGCUGGUAGAACACUUACAAACAGAAAGGAAGAAAACGAAGCCAGUCAAGCAACCCUCAUCCCUCGCCCAAAAGCUCGAGAUCAAUUCCUUCCUCCGAAAACCACAGGCAUGAAAUCUCCCAGGGAACCCGAGCCUGAUCGGCAGGGUCAAGAUAAAGUUACUCCCACGAUUAGUAGUAGCAAGCCGAUAACUGAUGACAAAAGUAUAGAACCAGCUCCAAGGAUUCAGAAAACAUCAGGUGAUAAUCCGAUUACGAAAAUAGAACUACAAGAAGAUGAACAAAAGAGUCAUAUAGAGGAGACGAGCCCAGAAAUGACAGAGAAACCUGCUGCAUAUGAAAAUAUUGCGGAUAAGGCAGGGAAGAGGACUGGUGCUUUGAAAUUGGAACUGAAGAAGCAGAAGAAGAAAGCAGCUAAAGGGCUUGGUGAGCUGAAUGAAGAGAGGCAAUUGCUGGUGAAUACGGGGGCGGCACUGCUUAUUAAUGUUGGACUUGGUGCUUAUGUCUCCUACAGCUUUGCAUCUCAGAAUGACAAACAUUAG